UAAAAAAAGAAAAAAGCGAGAAAAGCUUCCUGGAGUCAUACUCGGGUUUGUUGAGUUUGCUGACAGGUGUAUGGGCUCUCGCGGGAGCGCUAAUCCUCAGGUUUCUUCAUCUGUGUUUGUCCAUCACUCAUGUGCCACUAGACAAACCAAAGGCGUAUUUAACUGAAACUCAAUGACAUGCAGAUGCGAUCUGUGCUGAAUUUGUAUGCAAAGCACCGAUGUGAUUCCUAUCAUGCAGGGCUGAAUGACAUAUCCAUCAUUUUCAUGUAAGGCAGAGGAUAUGAAAAGCACACUCGCAAGAGUUCGGGCGCAUUAAUUUCCAUUCUUUCGUGCACUGCCAGGACGUGGUUUGUAGUUAUGCUUAUUGAUUAUAUGUAAAUGUUUUAGUAAGACACUGGACAGCAGGGGCGUUCCAUUCCCCAAACGGAAUCCGCUCCUGGUUUUGGUCCUCUUGCCUUCAAUGCAUCGUGUGUGUCUGCGUGUAUACCUUCCCUGACUCUCAGCACUCCAGCAUUGCUGUGCAAGCAGAUGUUCUGUCCUCCGUUGCCAGUUCUUACGAUUUUCGCAUUUGGAGAAGGUAUCCUUUCAGGCGAAGGCUGCAAAGUGACGGGAACAAGCAGAAAACUGCAGCUCUCCAUCUCCUCCAUCUCGACUCGGCGACACAGGGAGAGUUGUGAGCGGCUUUGGAGAGCUACAGUAGAGGCUACAGUAAGAACCGCGGCAGCAGUUUCCUCCACCACACCUGUGAUGCGUUGUUCUGAGCAACGGAGACGCACGAGAGGGAUGCUGAUGGCCACGGCGCGGCACGAGGAUACAUACUGAGGGAGAAAUACACUUAAUAACGACCAAAAAGCCACAAAAGUGCGUCAGAGGACACUCUACGGACCCGAGAAAGAUUUGUCUGCCUCUGUUUCAUCGCUCCUCUCUUUCCCAUUGAAACUUAAGUGAUUAAAACAGCGUAAAGAUGCCCUUACCUCCGGGCCCCUUUGUCCGCUGCGGGUUCAACGCUGCGCUUCUUCUGCUCGGGCUCGUGUUUGCUGGCUUCACCUCCACUGGUGGUUCAGAGCAUGCAGCUACAGCAGCGCUUCCCGCUGCAUUCUCAGACCUGCUGCCUCACUUCCUGGUGGAGCCGGAGGAUGAGUUCAUUGUGAAGAACAAGCCCGUGACUCUGACCUGCCGCUCGACCCCAGCCACACAGAUCUACUUCAAGUGCAAUGGCGAGUGGGUUCACCAGGAUGACCACUUGAUUGAGCGAUCUGUUGACCCGGCUACAGCACUGCCGGUCAUGCAGGUGACGAUUGAAAUUACCAGGCAGCAGGUGGAGAAGAUCUUCGGCCUCGAUGAGUACUGGUGUCAGUGUGUCGCCUGGAGCACCACUGGAACUCAGAAGAGCCAGAAAGCAUACAUAAGGAUUGCUUACCUGAGAAAGAACUUUGAGGAGGAGCCGCAGGGUAAAGAGGUGGCGUUGGACCAGGAGGUGGUACUGCGCUGCCAUCCCCCAGAGGGAGUGCCACAAGCCGAGGUGGAGUGGCAGAGGAACGAGGAUGUGCUCGACCCAGUGAGCGACCCCAAUUUUUCCAUCACACCUGACCACAAUCUUGUCAUCAAAAAAGCCCGCCUUUUGGACACGGGCAACUACACGUGUGUGGCCAAAAACAUUGUCGCUCGCCGCAAAAGCAACUCUGCCACGGUCAUCGUCUAUGUCAACGGUGGCUGGUCCACGUGGACCACCUGGUCAUCCUGUAGUGCUGUGUGCGGGCGUGGCUGGCAGAAGAGGAGCCGGAGCUGCACCAAUCCCACGCCACUGAACGGAGGCACAUCCUGUGAGGGGCAGAACGUCCAGAAAAGUGCCUGCGUGGCCACCUGUCCAGUGGACGGAGGCUGGAGCGAGUGGAGCAAGUGGUCGGCAUGCGCCGCAGAUUGUUCGAUGUGGAGGAGCAGGGAGUGCUCCCAACCCUCACCCGGCACCGGGGGCAAAGAGUGCCAGGGGCUCGACCUCCAGUCUAUAAACUGUACCAGCGAGCAGUGCCCACAGACCGUGAGUGGAGCUGAGGAUGUGGCGCUGUACGUGGGCAUGGUGGCCGUGGCCCUCUGUCUGACCCUGCUGCUCAUCGUGGUCGUCCUGGUCUACCGGCGCAAGAAGGAGGGCCUGGAUGCUGACGUGGCGGACUCCUCCAUCCUCACCACUGGCUUCCAGCCUAUGGGCAUUAAGCCCAGCAAGCCAGGUGUGUGGGCGCCACGGCCACGAAGGCCUCCCCACAGCAAGAACUCCCAUUUGCUCACCAUCCAGCCUGAUCUGACAACCACCACCACCAGUUACCAGGGCACCCUGCGCUCUCGCCACGAUACCACGGGGAAGUUUUCCAUGACCAACGGUCCUCUGCUGGACCCGCUCCCCAAUGGAUCACACACUCUGCACAAUGGCAAGCUAAACACAGAUCCUGCUGAGUUUGUGAGCAGGCUGUCCACUCAGACCUACUUUAAAACUCUCCCCCGUGAUGUGGCCAACACCUCCUAUGGGACCUUCAAUUUUCUGGGUGGGAGGUUGACAAUCCCCAAUACAGGAAUCAGCCUGCUCAUUCCUCCCGAGGCCAUCCCCAGAGGAAAGAUCUAUGAGAUUUAUCUCACUGUUCAGCGGAAGGAAGACUUAAGGUUACCGCUGGCCGGCUGCCAGACCCUCCUGAGCCCCAUUGUGAGCUGCGGCCCUCCGGGUGUGGUCCUGAGCCGGCCUGUUAUCCUCAGCAUGGACCACUGCUUUGAUGCAUGCCUCGAUAACUGGGCCGUCCGCCUCAAGAAGCAGAACUACGAGGGCGCUUGGGAGGACGUCCUGCUGAUGGGGGAGGAGCUGGUGUCGGAGCCUUAUUACUGCCAGCUCGAGGCCGAGACGUGCCGCCUGUUCACGGAGCAGCUGGGCACCUUUGCCCUGGUGGGAGAGUCACUGCACAUGGGUGCAGCAAAGCGCCUGCGGCUGGUCCUCUUCUCCGAUGCCUACUGCUCCACGCUGGAGUACAACAUCAGGGUAUACUGCAUGGAUGACACGCAGGACGUCUUUAAGGAGGUGAUGCAGAUGGAGAGGCAGCUCGGGGGUCGGCUGAUUGACGACCCCCACAUCCUGCUUUUCAAAGACAGCUACCACAACCUGCGCCUGUCCAUCCACGACAUGCCCCAGGCGCACUGGAGGAGCAAGCUGCUAGCCGGCUACCAGGAGAUCCCGUUCUAUCACAUCUGGAACGGUUCCCAGCGGUACCUGCACUGCACGUUCACUCUUGAGCGGCUUAGCCUCCACACCUGCGAGCUCACCUGCCAGCUGUGCGUGUGGCAGGUGGAGGGGGAAGGACAGAGUUUUGCCCUCGACUUUAACAUUGCCAAGGACACACGAGCUCUGGACUCUGAGUUUCUGUUAAUGGACAGUAAUGCGAUGGCUCUGGCCGGGCCCAGCGCCUUUCAGAUCCCAUACCUCAUCAGACAGAAGAUCUGCAGCAGCCUGGACGCGCCGUGUCCCAAUGGAGCAGACUGGAGAAUGCUAGCACAAAGACUUAAACUUGAGAGAUGACGAGUCGCUAACGGAUACAAGUGUGGCAGCCGUAGAUUGUGCAAAAAAAAUGUUAUGUUGAAAAGCCGUAGAGGCGGAUGAGAAAACUCUUGUGUUUAACCAGGUGCUUCCUCAGAUUAGAAGUAUUCCCGGCGCUGGCCUUGCACUUUACGUCACAAAUAUUGCAGCGAGUGUAAUCUGUAUUGUAUUUUAAAAAUUGGAGCCAUACUUUCUAGCGUUUCUAUCAGCCAUGCUUUGUUGACGGUACCAGCGACUACUAACGUCAUUACGUGCAAUGCUGUGUUUAUGUCCUGCAUGGAAAACCGCCCACUCUUUCACUCCCUCAGUGUCACAAUGAUGCGUUUAGGUACCGAAACAUGGUACCGUUUGAUUUUAUGUGAAUCGGUACUCGGUAGUACCUACGUAAUUCGGUCGGUACCUACAAAAAUACCUAAUUCAAUACCCAUCCUUAAUCCCCAGAUAUUCAAACUUCUUCUGUGUAAAUGUUGGAAAGCAGUGUAUAAAGUGCUUUUAUAUCUUUUGAACUUCUCCACAGUGUUUACAUUAAAACCAGAAAUUUUGACAUAUUUCAUUGGGAUUUUAUGUUGUAAACCAACAAAGUAGUUAAUAAUUGUGGAGUGGUCGGUAAGAAUUAUAUAUUUGUUUGCACAUAAAAAUCUGAGAAUUGUGAAGUGCAUUUGUGUUUUACCCUCUUUACUCUGAAUAAACCCUAAAUAAAAUCUAUUGCAACAAGUUGCCUUCAGAAUGAAAUUAAAUUCAUUUUAUUUAUAGUGCACUAAUUUGCUAGAAAAAAUUUGUUCUCUGUAGUGAAUAAAUAGCAUCAUGAAGACCAAGGAACACAGCAGACAAAGUUGUGGAGAUGUUUAAAGCACUUUUAGGUUAUAAAACCAUAUUACAAGUCAUAACAUCAUGCUUUGGAUAUGCUUUAGACAAUUUAUGCCAGGAAUUUAAAAAUACAGGUGCAAUUACUCACAGCUGUAGUAGCAAUAGCAGGUGUUUCUCAAGUUUUAACUCAGAACGACUGAAACAAAUGCACGCCAUACAUUUCAGAUCCAUAUUUAUAAAACACUGAAGCCAUCUAUCUUUCUCUUUCAGUUCUCAAUUAUAAAUAAAAUUCAGAUAAAAUACACAGAGGUUUUCUCUUGUACAAUGUGAAAAAGUGCAAGAGGUAGGAAAAUCUUUAAAAGAAACAGAACUGGAGUUUAAUAGUUUCAUGUUUCCUUCUUUAUUUGUAAAACUCUUCACCAUCAAUGAACGUGAAGUGCAUCCAUGUUUGCUCUAAAGUUCAGGUAAACAAGGUAAUGCCUUAGCAAACUAAUCCUCUUUCGACUCAGCUAACAUUAUAGGAUUAAUGCGGACUUGAUGGAUACAGCUAUCAUUUCUCCAAGAAAACAUGACCCCUGUCUUCCUUUUUUUCCUCAGAAACAGGUAAUCAGCUUAAAGUCUGUCACUAAACUUCUGGCUGCGACAUCCUGCUUAACAGCUGUAAUUGGAAAGGCUGCAAGCUAGCUGCCCAUCAGCAACCAAAAAAAAAAAAAAAAAGAGAGGGAAUAGUUUUGGCCCUGUGCCGACCUCAGUCCAAUUUGUUCUCUUGGUUACUGUACUUUAUCACCAAAGCAUCUGUAACAGAGUGAGGCCAGACAUUGAUCCCCUAUCCAGCAAUUUAAUUUCUACCUCGUAAUGAAAUCAAAUAGGAGCGCCUAAUUUGUCCAAUCAACUUUAUUUACCCCAAUUAAUUCCCGCCUGGAAUUGAUGCACUACAGGUUUAAUUAGCGACGUUCAGCUCAACAUAAUCAAUUCUCAUUUAGGUCUUAGGAAGGAACAACUUCUUUGUUGUUUGAUCUGUCCUUAACAACAUGUUUUCCUGAAAAAGCAGCAGCUGCUUGGCAUUCUGUCAUGCUGUAUUUCUGCGUUUGUCUCUGACUGCAUAAAGCAUUCAGACCAAGCGGAACGAGACCGAUCAAUAAAACUUAAAAUGCCAAGAACCUUUUAUUUGAUCUUUCUCUCCCAAGACUGAGCAAAUGUCUGUGUCUGAGCCGCAGAAGAUAAGCUGGGUUUUCACACAGCGAGGUGAAAAAAAAGGGUUAACAUGUUGGACCAGGCUCUGGCUUUAUUAUUAUUAUUUCUUUUCAGUUUUUAAUCUGAUUAAUGACACAUACGCUCAUCUCCAAACAUUUUUUGACCAACGCUUGUUUAUGUUGUUUUCAGAAAGAGCUCUUUGCACUAUAAAAUCCAGCUGGCUCAAAAUGACAACGUGUUAGCGGCACUGCGUGUACAGCCAACGCGGUCACAUGUUCAUAGCCAUCACCGAAUGCUCCAGUAGCCAGACAGCAGACACAAGGAAAUAACAGACUCUCCGGCUUUUCUAAAAGAGAAAACAUGUCUUAUUGUCUGUCUCUUCCCUUACAAAAACACUCCAGAGUGUGAGCUAUUCCCUUAAUGUCAUACGCUCAGACCCAGGACAUUUGGAGAACAGAAAAAAAGCUAUUAAAUCAAACAAGCAUCUUCAGCUACUGCGGGGAUCAGGUCCCACACGACAUCAAAACUACAGCCGGCCAGGGACACUGCUUUGUUGUCAUUGAUUGGGUUUGAUCGAGGAAGGCUCUGCACCUAAGAUGGAAAAGGUCACUUCCGACUUAACUGCCGAAAGUCCAUACAGGAUUUAUUGUAUGAGAUUUGGGGCCAAUUCUAGCAUCAAACGAAGAGCAAUGAAAGCUCUGCAGUUACAGAUAUGGACAAAUUCACCUCUAAAAACAAUAAUUUUACUAGGAUUUUUUAUUUUGACUGAAUAAAAAUACACAAAUUAAAGGUUGUUUUCUGCCUUAUGUUUUCUGAUUGAGAUUAUGAUCCUGCACUAAAAAACAAUUUUACACAAUUUUACCAAAAUGCCAGGUGACACAAUUGUUUCUACUCUUGUUGUUAAUGCUUUCCACAACUCUGUUCUACCAACAGCUCAGCAGUUUGUCUUCUCUGACCUCUCAAAAGACUGGAGAGAGCAAAGAGAAAGAUCCUCAACCAUUUCUCUUCGCGCAAUCUCUCUAGAUCAUCCAGAGCCAUGGGUCCUCUCUUAUGCUCUCUUCUCUUCAGCUCACGACAGGAUUUAUUGUAGGUCUGUGGCCUGAGAUGGCAGUGGAUCCAAGUCCUGCUAAAAGACCCGAUGACGACCCAGAGACCACAAGAGUUUCAUUUAAAUUUUUCAUUUCAAAGAUUUCAUGAUGUCAUGCAGUCUAGCAUAGUACAGAAACAGGCCCACAGCACCACUGAUCCUCCUACGCACUUAACGGUGGACAUGAUCAUCUGUUUCACCUGUUCAUUCUUUGUUUCAAACCAAACCCACCUGGAGUGUUUAUUGGUCAUCCUUAAGGCAGGUUUCAACCAUGAGACCCAGAACCUUGAUUCAGCAUAUUUAGAGCGUUCCAAUGUGGAACCAGGUCAUUACAACAGAUAAAAGUAACACAAAACAUGAGCUGCAGACUAUUUAUACCUAUAUUACUUUAUGAAAAGUUGUAACCAAUUUCACAUGCUUUGAACUCCCUCCACAAAACUCCAUCCAAAUGUUCCUGCCUCCCUACUAGGGAUUUCUCAGAGGUAAAUAAUAAUAAUAAUUGUGCCAAUGGGGAUUUUGUCAAUAAAACAAAAACUUCCUGACUAAUGGUUAAAUUUUUCAAAAUCUUCUCAGAUUGAGAAGAUGCUGCAGCAGUGAAAUAUCUAUUAUUUUCAGGCCAGCAAAUUUGUCCACAUCUGCUGUUUUGGAUUUGAUUGCAGCUUCCGAAGCUAGAACUGGUUGGGAGGCAGUGCUGUGAUGCAGAACAAAAGCUGACAUCGACAGAGCUACAAAAACAGCAGCAGCACAAUAAAAUAUCAGCUGAAAAGAUUUUUCUUAGACUCCUCUACAGGAGGGAAACUGCAAAGCUGCCUUUUCUGAUCUCUGUCCUUUCACUCUCGUCUCCUUUGC